AUGACCAGAACAAGGCCAGAGGAAGAAAUCGUUGAUUUGGAUCCAGAGAGAGAUAGAACCCUAAGAAUUAUCAAGAGAGAAAGGAAGCAUGAAGGAAAUGAUCAAAGAGAUCCAGAAAUUCCAAAUAUGGCCGACAAUAACAACAACAGGCCGAGACUCUUGAAGGACUAUGGAGCUCCCUCUAUACAAGGAUUCCAACCUAGUGUUACAAGACCCACAGCGGAGGAGAAAAAGGAAGAAGCUAAGCAGAAGCAAGAGGAGGAAGCAAGGAAGAAAAAGAAGCCACCAGAACCAUAUCAGCCUCCUCUACCCUUCCCUCAGAGAUUCUUGGAAGCCAGAUUGGAUAAGCAGUUUGGAAAGUUUCUAGAAGUCUUACAGAAACUUUAUAUAAACAUUCCUUUUAUAGAAGCACUCUCUCAAAUGCCAUCCUAUGCCAAGUUCCUCAAAGACAUUUUAUCAAAGAAGAGAAGGCUGGAGGACUAUAAGACUGUCGCUCUUACGGAGGAAUGCAAUGCCAUAUUACAGAAUAAGCUGCCACUAAAGCUCAAGGAUCCAGGAAGCUUCUCCAUACUUUACCUUAUCGGUAACAUGAAUAUUGACAAAGCCCUCUGUGAUCUAGGUGUAAGUGUGAGUGUGAUGCCUUUGUCAAUAUGUAACAAGCUUGAUGUGGGGGAACUUAAGCCUACAACAAUUUCAUUACAACUGGUUGAUCGAUUUGUGAAAUACCCUGUGGGCAUUCUAGAAAACAUCCCUAUCAAGGUGGGAAAAUUCUUUAUCCCAGUUGAUUUUGUUGUAUGGGAAAUGGAGGAGGACGUUUAG